GCCCGCCCGCUUCUCAACCUUUCAUCUCACGCGCACCUCCACUCAACAUCCACCGUUUGGAUAUCCCGCUCUUCCAGCGCACCCCUCCUCAACUUGUGCUCCACCGACGCCAGUCUGGCUAAAGCGAACUUCCUACAUCUUGCUUCAAUAUUUCUGCGCACUCGUUCGCUGUUGAUUCACAGAGAGUCCUUUUGUCGAUAGCAUUUAUCUAGCUACCGCUCAUUGUCGUCUUCAUAAGCCAUUCGUGAUGUCACAGAAUCGGCCCGGGGUGUUCUCGAGUUUGCGCAUUGGUGAGGUCGUUCGCGAGAAAGUCCAAGAUGGACUCACUGGGGAAACCAAGGAAAUUUCCUACUCACAGUGCAAAAUUGUCGGCAAUGGAUCGUUUGGUGUCGUUUUCCAGACCAAGAUGAUGCCCAGCGGCGAGGACGCUGCCAUUAAGAGGGUCCUUCAAGACAAGCGGUUCAAAAACCGUGAGCUACAAAUCAUGCGGAUUGUUCGCCACCCCAACAUCGUCGAGCUCAAAGCAUUCUACUAUUCCAACGGCGAAAGGAAGGACGAAGUCUACCUCAACCUCGUCUUAGAAUACGUACCGGAGACGGUGUAUCGGGCAUCACGCUACUUCAACAAGCUGAAGACGACGAUGCCGAUGCUGGAAGUCAAGCUAUACAUUUAUCAACUCUUCCGCUCCCUGGCAUAUAUCCAUUCCCAGGGGAUCUGUCAUCGUGACAUCAAACCGCAAAACCUCCUCCUGGACCCGAGUACCGGCAUUCUGAAGCUUUGCGAUUUUGGAUCCGCGAAGAUUCUCGUCGAGAAUGAGCCCAAUGUCUCCUACAUCUGCUCUCGUUACUACCGAGCUCCAGAGUUAAUCUUCGGCGCAACGAAUUACACCACAAAGAUCGAUGUGUGGUCCACUGGUUGCGUCAUGGCCGAGCUGAUGCUUGGACAGCCGCUUUUCCCAGGAGAAUCUGGUAUUGAUCAAUUAGUUGAGAUUAUCAAAGUCCUGGGUACACCAACCCGAGAACAGAUCCGUACCAUGAAUCCCAACUACAUGGAACACAAAUUCCCCCAGAUAAAGCCACACCCAUUCAACAAGGUCUUUCGGAGGGCACCUCACGAGGCUAUUGAUCUAAUCUCCGCCUUGCUAGAAUAUACCCCUACUCAACGCCUGUCAGCUAUUGAGGCGAUGUGCCAUCCAUUCUUCGAUGAGCUUCGAGACCCCAACACUCGGCUACCCGAUUCCAGGCACCCGAAUGGCUCAACGAGGGAUCUCCCAAGUCUUUUUGAUUUUUCCAGACAUGAGCUUUCUAUUGCCCCCGCAAUGAACAACCGGCUGGUCCCUCCUCAUGCGCGCCCUGCACUUGAGGCCCGCGGGCUGGAUAUCAAUAAUUUCAAACCACUCUCUAAAGAGGAGAUGCUCGCACACCUGGACUGAAUCAACGCCUGUGAAAUGUCCUAUUGGCCCACUUUCAUGCGCCGCGCGAUUUGUGAUACAUGGGUAAGAAUUUGUUAAACUUCUAGGCCUAGCCCAUCGGCUGAAGCAUCGGGAGCUGGCUUCUGAAUGAGAGCAAGAGCGACGGAGAGAAU